CUGGUAGCCUGAUACACUCCCAGGUCUUUCUCUGCCUCUGUGGUGGAUAGUGGAGUGUUUCCCAUGUGGUAUUGGUGUGCUGGAUAUCCCUUCACUGGUAGCCUGGUAACAUACACUCCCAGGUCUUUCUCUGCCUCUGUGGUGGAUAGUGGAGUGUUUCCCAUGUGGUAUUGGUGUGCUGGAUAUCCCUUCACUGGUAGCCUGGUAACAUACACUCCCAGGUCUUUCUCUGCCUCUGUGGUGGAUAGUGGAGUGUUUCCCAUGUGGUAUUGGUGUGCUGGAUAUCCCUUCACUGGUAGCCUGGUAACAUACACUCCCAGGUCUUUCUCUGCCUCUGUGGUGGAUAGUGGAGUGUUUCCCAUGUGGUAUUGGUGUGCUGGAUAUCCCUUCACUGGUAGCCUGGUAACAUACACUCCCAGGUCUUUCUCUGCCUCUGUGGUGGAUAGUGGAGUGUUUCCCAUGUGGUAUUGGUGUGCUGGAUAUCCCUUCACUGGUAGCCUGGUAACAUACACACUCCCAGGUCUUUCUCUGCCUCUGUGGUGGAUAGUGGAGUGUUUCCCAUGUGGUAUUGGUGUGCUGGAUAUCCCUUCACUGGUAGCCUGGUAACAUACACUCCCAGGUCUUUCUCUGCCUCUGUGGUGGAUAGUGGAGUGUUUCCCAUGUGGUAUUGGUGUGCUGGAUAUCCCUUCACUGGUAGCCUGGUAACAUACACUCCCAGGUCUUUCUCUGCCUCUGUGGUGGAUAGUGGAGUGUUUCCCAUGUGGUAUUGGUGUGCUGGAUAUCCCUUCACUGGUAGCCUGGUAACAUACACUCCCAGGUCUUUCUCUGCCUCUGUGGUGGAUAGUGGAGUGUUUCCCAUGUGGUAUUGGUGUGCUGGAUAUCCCUUCACUGGUAGCCUGGUAACAUACACUCCCAGGUCUUUCUCUGCCUCUGUGGUGGAUAGUGGAGUGUUUCCCAUGUGGUAUUGGUGUGCUGGAUAUCCCUUCACUGGUAGCCUGGUAACAUACACUCCCAGGUCUUUCUCUGCCUCUGUGGUGGAUAGUGGAGUGUUUCCCAUGUGGUAUUGGUGUGCUGGAUAUCCCUUCACUGGUAGCCUGGUAAUAUACACUCCCAGGUCUUUCUCUGCCUCUGUGGUGGAUAGUGGAGUGUUUCCCAUGUGGUAUUGGUGUGCUGGAUAUCCCUUCACUGGUAGCCUGGUAACAUACACUCCCAGGUCUUUCUCUGCCUCUGUGGUGGAUAGUGGAGUGUUUCCCAUGUGGUAUUGGUGUGCUGGAUAUCCCUUCACUGGUAGCCUGGUAACAUACACUCCCAGGUCUUUCUCUGCCUCUGUGGUGGAUAGUGGAGUGUUUCCCAUGUGGUAUUGGUGUGCUGGAUAUCCCUUCACUGGUAGCCUGGUAAUAUACACUCCCAGGUCUUUCUCUGCCUCUGUGGUGGAUAGUGGAGUGUUUCCCAUGUGGUAUUGGUGUGCUGGAUAUCCCUUCACUGGUAGCCUGGUAAUAUACACUCCCAGGUCUUUCUCUGCCUCUGUGGUGGAUAGUGGAGUGUUUCCCAUGUGGUAUUGGUGUGCUGGAUAUCCCUUCACUGGUAGCCUGGUAACAUACACUCCCAGGUCUUUCUCUGCCUCUGUGGUGGAUAGUGGAGUGUUUCCCAUGUGGUAUUGGUGUGCUGGAUAUCCCUUCACUGGUAGCCUGGUAACAUACACUCCCAGGUCUUUCUCUGCCUCUGUGGUGGAUAGUGGUGUUUCCCAUGUGGUAUUGGUGUGCUGGAUAUCCCUUCACUGGUAGCCUGGUAACAUACACUCCCAGGUCUUUCUCUGCCUCUGUGGUGGAUAGUGGAGUGUUUCCCAUGUGGUAUUGGUGUGCUGGAUAUCCCCUCCCAAGGUGCAGGACUAUACAUUUUUCUUCACUGAAUUGUAGCAGCCACUUUUUGAUCCAUUCCCGUAGCUUGGUGAUGUCUUCUUGUAGGAAAUCCACAGACGAGGGGUUAAUUUGAUUGUUCCCUGUUCCAUCAUUCCAGCUUGGUCUCUUGAUUCCUUGGCCCUUUCAUGAACGUUAUAAUUCUUAGCGUUAAAUUCUGUCUGUAAAAUCUUUCAAUGUUAUUUGUUUUUCCUUGGGUCUUGUUUUUGUUUUUGUUUUUGUUGUUGUUGUUGUUGCCUUGCUGUGAGUGUGUUCUGUGUUUCCGUUCCAUUUUCCUUUCUCUAAUUCUUUCUUCCUUAAUUUUGUUU